AUGGCAAAAUCCCAGCGCUUGCCGUUUGAACAGGGCCUGUUUGUCACAACACCGAACAAGAUUUAUUUGAGGACACAGCUUGCUUACGAGACGCUGUUCGAGUGCGAGACCCCUAACGGCAUAGUCAACGCUCGAGCCUCAAAAGACAACAGCAGCCUGUUCGCUAUAGCAGAUGGUCAGGUUGUGAUACUUCACGAUGCUUCACGAACCAAGGACAGGAAAUACAAAUUGAAGAGUGGUGAUGGCGAGCCACGUCUUCUUCUCUUCUCACCCGACUCGCGCACCCUGUAUUUCACGACGACGUUGAACAACUCAGUUCAAGCAUAUUCCAUACCGGAUGACAAGCUUCUGCCUUCAUUACCAUCGCAUUCAUCUCCACCGAAUGUGAUCGCGAUAUCCAGUAAUGGUACCGUACUUCUUUCAGCAUCACCAAACCCGAUGACUAUGUACCUUCAAGACCAAAGAUGGGGACACAGCGCGCCUGUAGACUUUCGUCCAACAGAUGCCCGCUAUUCUGCGACUUGUGCUGCGUUCCAACAAUUGGAUGGUCCCGCGCAGCCGUCAUAUACGAACUUUGUGAUCGGAUUCCAGGACGGAUUACUAGCGAUGUAUAGUCUUUUCCUGCCUUCACUCCGAAAGUGGCCCGAAGAUUCGCACAAAAAUCAAUUCCAGUUCUACCAGUUACAGCCUGUCCGAGUAGGUGUCAUCAAGAAGCUCCAUAAGCCGGCCAUGGGUGGUGUGCUCGCAGCGGAGUUCAUACCGGGCUACAAAUCGCGUGUUGUUAGCAUUAGAGUAGACGGGAUGGUGCUACUAGGAGGCGACGCGGUAGAAGAUGCCGGAGAUGUCUACGAGGGCUUUGAGACUUUGAUUGCUAUUGGUACACAGGCUGGAAAAGUUCUUGUUUUCAACGCCCUGGGCCUACUGAUACAUGAGAUCACUGUGGGAGUGUCUAUCACGGCUGUUGAGUGGGUCGGCAACAUGACCGCGCCUUCGAUUCUUCCGACUCGCGGAUUGUCGCUGUCCCCCAAGCCUCGUUUCGUCGUCGAUAUUGUGGAUGCGGAGGGAUCGACUCCUUCUGACGAGGAGACCGGUACUGUCAAGAAGACUAGAUCACCCCACAACUCAGCUUUAACAAGAAAACCGGUACCUGUUGGGCCACCGCCGGAUCUAUUUUCCGAUGAGUCUAGGGAGUUCAAGUCAAGAGUUCCCAGUCGCAGAGCCUCGGAUGUGUUGAGAGGCUCGCCUCUCCGCGUUGAGAGAGUGCGCAACAAACACGUGAAAAAGCCAUCUGUACGACCGCGCAUCUCUACAGAGACAUUUCAGUCGCCUCCGGAACCUUCGCCGCACGAUCCCUUUGAUGUCGGCGCCGCAAAAUCUCGACCCAAACUCGAUCCUCCAAUACAAGAAAGUCGGAGAUGGCCCGAAGUACAUCAGAUGCCAAGUGUACCAGCCCCGUCGCGGGCACAGCUCUUCUCCGCUCCUCAUAGGUCGCUCAGCUCGUCUGAUGAUUCGCACUUUUCGAAGGAAGAAUGGUUUACACCUCCUUCCACGCGAAGACGCAAGCCAAAGGCGUCACAGCGUCAUAUGAGUUCAGAAUCACCACUGAUUACCUCAACCUCAACGACGAUCCGUCCAGUGCCCUUCCCACAGUCCUCUCCCACUGCGCUCAACACACCCAACAGUCUGUACUCUCGUCCAACAUCUGGCAUGAUGAAGGAGGAGUCUGUUGAGCAUCAAGAGACUGUGGCGGAAGCACCGAGCGGGUCACGGGUCGUGCCAAAAGCUCAGCGACACGUAACUAUAGCCGACCCAGGAUCGUCCUCUCCCUUGGGUAGCUCGAGCAGUCUGUACUUCCGUCCCGCCGCUCAGAUGUUUGAGAGGCGUUCAUUGAGCAAAACACGAGAGCUUGAAUUGGAUCUGAGUUCUACCCUCCCAGAUAGACCUAAUCUUCCAAUAUUGAAGCCUGCUCUCAGAAGAAUCGACUCAGAGACAGAAUGGCCCAGCAAUACAUGUUCAUGCUCAACGCCAAGCACGAGAAGAGACUCGGUUGCCGAUGAGAGCGUAAACGACAUGGCAUGCCCGAGCAAUACGGUUCCUAGAUCAAAAGCUCCUCGAGACCACGCAUUCGCCGCCGCCGCCGCCGCCACCACAGCAGCAGACUCUUCAUCUUCGCUCGAAAGCCUCUACUACCCCGCACCUGGCCUUCUAGCUAAAAGUAAUCUUUUCCAAAACUACAACCAUCGCAACCUAACACCAGUUCUACCACGGCAGCCCAUGACGAACUCGCUUGACACUCGAGCAAAUUCACCUAGCAGCGUAUACUCCCGCUCAAUCUCAGGCGCGGUCAAAGAUGCAGAUCUUGUAGAUGCUGGUCUUGCCGAAGAUACCGAUCAAUCGAUAACUUCUUCCAACGCACCCAAUCCAUCACUACCACAACAUCAUCAACUCAGUAUCCAUGCCUUGAGUACCCCGCUACCCAACACCUCACCAAGUAUCUUGCAUUCACCCGCUCCACAGGGCGUUUCUCGUGAUCGUUUGCACGCUGUUGACAGACCGCCUGUGAAAAAGUCGAAUGAGAUAGGUUCAGCCAGUGUGAAUGAGGCAAAGUCCGUAGUGGAGGAGAUGAGAUGCUUCUCUGAGGACCAAAGAGCGUUGAGACAGGAAGUCGCGGCUUUGAGGGAAGAGUAUCGAGUUUUGGAGGAUAUGUUGUUGAAGCCAAAGGCGGAACUGGUGGUGUGA